CCACUGUUCAUGUCGUUUGGAAACUCUGCAGUGAGCACUCCUAAACAGGAGAGGGCAGUCACCUGCACUCAGGUUCACAGACGGAGCACACCGUUCAGUCAUGGAGAAGUUUGAGGAGGACACUGUGAAGGUGCCAUUUGGGACAAAAUAUGUGGAUGCUGCCUUGUGUUACCCGACCUCAGUAAAAGAUGUUCACACAGCCGUCAUUCUGACACAUGGGGCUGGUGGAGACAUGAACUUCAGACAUCUGGUUUCUUUGGCACAUGCCUUAGCUGCACAUGGCUUCCUCUGUCUCCGUUUCACAUGCAAAGGGUUAAACCUGGGUUAUAGAGUGAAGGCUUAUCGUGCUGUGCUGGACUACUUGAAAUCGCUGCAGAAGUUUACCAUAAAGCGCUUAUUCAUCGGAGGCAGGUCAAUGGGAAGUCGUGCUGCUGCAGCUUUGGCCAGGCAGCUGAGUGAUGAAUCAGAGGAUGCAGUUCAGGGUGUCAUCUGCCUGUCUUUCCCCUUGCAUCCCCCAGCACAGACACACGCCCAUCAGCAACGGAGUGAAGAUCUGAAGGGGCUACCUGAACACAUGCCUGUGCUAUUUGUGUCAGGGACUGAGGACAACAUGUGUGACAGGGUUCUUUUUGAUGGAAUAGUAAAAGAAAUGAAAGCUCAAGUUGAGGUUUUCUGGCUCAAAGGAGGCAGCCAUGGACUGACAGUAAAGGGAAGGUCGGAGGAUUCUGUGUUGGAUGAAGUGAACUUACAAGUCUUUACCUGGAUAAGUAAACAGGAAGCAUAGAUUAAUUUAUGUUGCUAGAUUGUAUUGUCUUUAUUUUGUUAUACUAGUGAAAUAAAAGAUUUUUGUUUUUUUAA